CAACAAUUCCAGCUGAAACAAUGACCAUUGUUACACAAGAACCAUCAGCUAGCCCAGACACUGUGACAAGCCCAUCUCCCACGAUCACUUCUGGUCACACAACAGUGCCCUCUGAAGUUACAAGUGAGUCUCUAACUAGCACUGCUGGAACCUCAACAUCAAGUGAGGCAUCAACAACAACUUCUGAAGCAAACACAUCUGCUGAAGAAUCGACAGCGACCUCAGCUGGUUUAACAAGUGCAACUGUGGAAGCUAUGUUUUCAACAACGGCAGUGACCAUGACACCAGAAUACACCAAAGACACAAUGGAAACAACUACAGCUAUGUCCUCAAGUGUAACAGAAACCUCAAACAGUACCUCGACAGAAACAAGUCCAUCACAACCUUCUACGAUUACCAGUGAGCCUGCCACUACAAAUGAACUAACUUCAGCAGUCACGGAUGGGCAAAUAUCUUCCACUACCGUUGGACUCUCAUCUACCCAGGGAACUGAAAGUACAACUGCAGAGCCAACUGACUCCACAACUGCAGCGGGAACGACCCUUGAAGAUCACACAACAACGUUAGAAAUGUCAACAAUUCCAGCUGAAACAAUGACCAUUGUUACACAAGAACCAUCAGCUAGCCCAGACACUGUGACAAGCCCAUCUCCCACGAUCACUUCUGGUCACACAACAGUGCCCUCUGAAGUUACAAGUGAGUCUCUAACUAGCACUGCUGGUACCUCAACAUCAAGUGAGGCAUCAACAACAACUUCUGAAGCAAACACAUCUGCUGAAGAAUCGACAGCGACCUCAGCUGGUUUAACAAGUGCAACUGUGGAAGCUAUGUUUUCAACAACGGCAGUGACCAUGACACCAGAAUACACCAAAGACACAAUGGAAACAACUACAGCUAUGUCCUCAAGUGUAACAGAAACCUCAAACAGUACCUCGACAGAAACAAGUCCAUCACAACCUUCUACGAUUACCAGUGAGCCUGCCACUUCAAAUGAACUAACUUCAGCAGUCACGGACGGGCAAAUAUCUUCCACUACCGUUGGAUUCUCAUCUACCCAGGGAACUGAAAGUACAACUGCAGAGCCAACUGACUCCACAACUGCAGCGGGAACGACCCUUGAAGAUCGCACAACAACUUUAGAAAUAACAACAAUUCCAGCUGAAACAAUGACCAUUGUUACACAAGAACCAUCAGCUAGCCCAGACACUGUGACAAGCCCAUCUCCAACGAUCACUUCUGGUCACACAACAGUGCCCUCUGAAGUUACAAGUGAGUCUCUAACUAGCACUGCUGGAACCUCAACAUCAAGUGAGGCAUCAACAACAACUUCUGAAGCAAACACAUCUGCUGAAGAAUCGACAGCGACCUCAGCUGGUUUAACAAGUGCAACUGUGGAAGCUACGUUUUCAACAACGGCAGUGACCAUGACACCAGAAUCAACCAAAGCCACAAUGGAAACAACUACAGCUAUGUCCUCAAGUGUAACAGAAACCUCAACCAGUACCUCGACGGAAACAAGUCCCUCACAACCUUCUACGAUUACCAGUGAGCCUGCCACUACAAAUGAACUAACUUCAGCAGUCACGGAUGGGCAAAUAUCUUCCACUACCGUUGGACUCUCAUCUACCCAGGGAACUGAAAGUACAACUGCAGAGCCAACUGACUCCACAACUGCAGCGGGAACGACCCUUGAAGAUCGCACAACAGCUUUAGAAAUAACAACAAUUCCAGCUGAAACAAUGACCAUUGUUACACAAGAACCAUCAGCUAGCCCAGACACUGUGACAAGCCCAUCUCCCACGAUCACUUCUGGUCACACAACAGUGCCCUCUGAAGUUACAAGUGAGUCUCCAACUAGCACUGCUGGUACCUCAACAUCAAGUGAGGCAUCAACAACAACUUCUGAAGCAAACACAUCUGCUGAAGAAUCGACAGCGACCUUAGCUGGUUUAACAAGUGCAACUGUGGAAGCUACGUUUUCAACAACGGCAGUGACCAUGACACCAGAAUCAACCAAAGACACAAUGGAAACAACUACAGCUAUGUCCUCAAGUGUAACAGAAACUUCAACCAGUACCUCGACAGAAACAAGUCCAUCACAACCUUCUACGAUUACCAGUGAGCCUGCCACUUCAAAUGAACUAACUUCAGCAGUCACGGACGGGCAAAUAUCUUCCACUACCGUUGGAUUCUCAUCUACCCAGGGAACUGAAAGUACAACUGCAGAGCCAACUGACUCCACAACUGCAGCGGGAACGACCCUUGAAGAUCGCACAACAACUUUAGAAAUAACAACAAUUCCAGCUGAAACAAUGACCAUUGUUACACAAGAACCAUCAGCUAGCCCAGACACUGUGACAAGCCCAUCUCCAACGAUCACUUCUGGUCACACAACAGUGCCCUCUGAAGUUACAAGUGAGUCUCUAACUAGCACUGCUGGAACCUCAACAUCAAGUGAGGCAUCAACAACAACUUCUGAAGCAAACACAUCUGCUGAAGAAUCGACAGCGACCUCAGCUGGUUUAACAAGUGCAACUGUGGAAGCUACGUUUUCAACAACGGCAGUGACCAUGACACCAGAAUCAACCAAAGCCACAAUGGAAACAACUACAGCUAUGUCCUCAAGUGUAACAGAAACCUCAACCAGUACCUCGACGGAAACAAGUCCCUCACAACCUUCUACGAUUACCAGUGAGCCUGCCACUACAAAUGAACUAACUUCAGCAGUCACGGAUGGGCAAAUAUCUUCCACUACCGUUGGACUCUCAUCUACCCAGGGAACUGAAAGUACAACUGCAGAGCCAACUGACUCCACAACUGCAGCGGGAACGACCCUUGAAGAUCACACAACAACGUUAGAAAUGUCAACAAUUCCAGCUGAAACAACGACCAUUGUUACACAAGAACCAUCAGCUAGCCCAGACACUGUGACAAGCCCAUCUCCCACGAUCACUUCUGGUCACACAACAGUGCCCUCUGAAGUUACAAGUGAGUCUCUAACUAGCACUGCUGGUACCUCAACAUCAAGUGAGGCAUCAACAACAACUUCUGAAGCAAACACAUCUGCUGAAGAAUCGACAGCGACCUCAGCUGGUUUAACAAGUGCAACUGUGGAAGCUAUGUUUUCAACAACGGCAGUGACCAUGACACCAGAAUCAACCAAAGACACAAUGGAAACAACUACAGCUAUAUCCUCAAGUGUAACAGAAACUUCAACCAGUACCUCGACAGAAACAAGUCCAUCACAACCUUCUACGAUUACCAGUGAGCCUGCCACUAAAAAUGAACUAACUUCAGCAGUCACGGACGGGCAAAUAUCUUCCACUACCGUUGGACUCUCAUCUACCCAGGGAACUGAAAGUACAACUGCAGAGCCAACUGACUCCACAACUGCAGCGGGAACGACCCUUGAAGAUCACACAACAACGUUAGAAAUGUCAACAAUUCCAGCUGAAACAACGACCAUUGUUACACAAGAACCAUCAGCUAGCCCAGACACUGUGACAAGCCCAUCUCCCACGAUCACUUCUGGUCACACAACAGUGCCCUCUGAAGUUACAAGUGAGUCUCUAACUAGCACUGCUGGAACCUCAACAUCAAGUGAGGCAUCAACAACAACUUCUGAAGCAAACACAUCUGCUGAAGAAUCGACAGCGACCUCAGCUGGUUUAACAAGUGCAACUGUGGAAGCUACGUUUUCAACAACGGCAGUGACCAUGACACCAGAAUACACCAAAGCCACAAUGGAAACAACUACAGCUAUGUCCUCAAGUGUAACAGAAACCUCAACCAGUACCUCGACGGAAACAAGUCCCUCACAACCUUCUACGAUUACCAGUGAGCCUGCCACUACAAAUGAACUGACUUCAGCAGUCACGGACGGGCAAAUAUCUUCCACUACCGUUGGACUCUCAUCUACCCAGGGAACUGAAAGUACAACUGCAGAGCCAACUGACUCCACAACUGCAGCGGGAACGACCCUUGAAGAUCACACAACAACGUUAGAAAUGUCAACAAUUCCAGCUGAAACAACGACCAUUGUUACACAAGAACCAUCAGCUAGCCCAGACACUGUGACAAGCCCAUCUCCCACGAUCACUUCUGGUCACACAACAGUGCCCUCUGAAGUUACAAGUGAGUCUCUAACUAGCACUGCUGGAACCUCAACAUCAAGUGAGGCAUCAACAACAACUUCUGAAGCAAACACAUCUGCUGAAGAAUCGACAGCGACCUCAGCUGGUUUAACAAGUGCAACUGUGGAAGCUAUGUUUUCAACAACGGCAGUGACCAUGACACCAGAAUCAACCAAAGACACAAUGGAAACAACUACAGCUAUGUCCUCAAGUGUAACAGAAACUUCAACCAGUACCUCGACAGAAACAAGUCCAUCACAACCUUCUACGAUUACCAGUGAGCCUGCCACUUCAAAUGAACUAACUUCAGCAGUCACGGAUGGGCAAAUAUCUUCCACUACCGUUGGACUCUCAUCUACCCAGGGAACUGAAAGUACAACUGCAGAGCCAACUGACUCCACAACUGCAGCGGGAACGACCCUUGAAGAUCACACAACAACGUUAGAAAUGUCAACAAUUCCAGCUGAAACAACGACCAUUAAUACACAAGGACCAUCAACUAGCCCAACGAUAGAAGCAAUAACCAUAACACAGUCUCCAACUCCCACAUCUACCACACCCUUUCUAACUACUCAAACUACAUUACCUUUCACAACCACACCCAACACACCAUCAACUACAUCAACUACCACACCUUCUACAACCACCCUAAUUACAUCAACUACCGCACCUACAACUACAUUAACUACACCUACCACACCUUCUCCAACUACCCUAACUACAUCAACUACACAUUCUACUACACCUAUCCCAACUACCCCUUCUACUACACCUAUCCCAACUACCCCUUCUACUACCCCUUCUACUACACCUAUCCCAACUACCCCUUCUAAUACACCUACCCCAUCAACUACACCUACCACACCUUCUCCAACUACCCUAACUACAUCAACUACACAUUCUACUACACCUAUCCCAACUACCCCUUCUACUACACCUAUCCCAACUACCCCUUCUACUACCCCUUCUACUACACCUAUCCCAACUACCCCUUCUACUACACCUAUCCCAACUACCCCUUCUACUACCCCUUCUACUACACCUAUCCCAACUACCCCUUCUACUACCCCUUCUACUACACCUAUCCCAACUACCCCUUCUACUACACCUAUCCCAACUACCCCUUCUACUACACCUACCCAUUCUACUACACCUACCCCAACUAUCCCUUAUACUACACCUAUCCCAACUACCCCUUCUAAUACACCUACCCAUUCUAAUACACCUACUUCAACUACCCCAACUAACCCUUCUACUGCAUCCAGUCCAACUUCUACAACUGCAUCUGCUUCAUUGACGUCAACUUCACUCUCAACAACUGGACCUCCGAUAAUUGUGACUGUGGACACUAUUGAAGUAUCAACAGAUGUCACUGUUAGACUCAACAAAACAUUUAAAGAAGAAUACAGUCACCCGUCAACACAGGAAUACCAAGAUUUCACAAAAAAUUUCACCAACGAUAUGACCUUACUGUACAACCGCACUAUUAACAAUUUUAUCGGCAUAGUAAUAAUAGGACUCAGGAAUGGCAGUGUCGUGGUGGAGCAUGUGGUUCUACUGCGCAUAGAGAAUGGGAAGAACCUAAGUAAUGAGAUUGCUGAGUCAGAAAAACAAAUCAAGGACAUUCUCAAUGCGGCCAAAAACUGCACCACAGGCCAAGUAGGCUGUAUUGGGGUGGACAUAAUUGGAGAUGUCAUAGUAAAAAAUUCCACAUUUGAUAAAGAAUCGGUAUGCGACACGGCCAAACUAGAUAAGGACUUGAGGAUAUACUACCAUGCAGCACAAAUAGAUGGGCGACUGGUCUGUGUCUCUCCCUGUGCCCCCGGACACAACAGGGGAAAGAACUGCAACACUGGCACCUGUAGUAUGUCAAGGGACGGUCCGGUCUGCAGAUGUAACCAGGACUACUGGUACCUAGACUCCGAUUGCUUCGGUCCUAUCCUGAAGAGGGACCUCUUUGCCGCGCUACUGACCCUGGCAGGACUGGCGAUAGCAGCCGUGGGGGUCAUGGUGGUCUAUGUGCCCUGGCAUAGACGACAAUUACAUAGGGUGAAAGAUAUCCAUACUGGACAAGUUAACCAGUGGCUGGAGGAAGACUUUGAAUGGCCCAACAGGUCAAAUAUAGGUGGCCACUUGGUUGGUUCAAGUAGUACCACAGUCCUAACAGAGAAUGAGCCUAACCCACCUUAUGGGGGCCGAGUGGGCUUGCAGUACGACGCAGAGGGAGAUUCCCUGUCAUCCUCCAGUACAAGGCUGCCGUCUCCCUACCAUGGAACACAGGCACAGGUGUCCAGGAGGCCUGAGAUCAUUUGCCAUGACUACAGUUCCUGGGGUGCUGAUAGGGACGCCAUUCAAGUCAUACAGACUACUGCCACCUCGUCAGGGCAGCAUUUUACAUUGAGUGACCCUGGCAGCCAAUCAGUGGAGGGAACGGAAUGUUCAUCAUAAUGCUGUCAAAUAUGUAUGUAAUAGGUAUGGAUGGCCCUCGUGAACUGUUUCAGCCUUCUGGGUGUGCUCUUUCCAAGUAAAUUACUACAUGAUUGAGGACACACAGAGGAGCUAGUGAUCACUUUAGAAACCUAUUCCAUACUCAAAUACCUGUUUUUAAAUAUUCCCUGACAGCUUAGGAUCAGCAUACCGGAGAUACGGACUUACUCUGAGAUCUAGUGGGACAUCCUCAACUCUUAAAAAACAGAACUGGACAAAGAACAGGAUAAUACAUUUAACGAAGUGUUUCUCAUCGACCAACGGAAUAAAGCAGAAGGAAAAAGGAUCACUUAACGGACAGUCUCCUCUUUGGGAGCGAAGCCUGAAUCACGGUUGUGGGAUGAUGCUUUAUUAACACUACACAGGAUUGUCCAACGAAGUAUGGAGUCACUGAUACAGGAGGAUGUGAAACCCAACCUCAGCUUCAUUAAUGGAAUAAUCUGCUCUCAAAUCAAUCAAC